UUUUUUUUUUUUUUUGCUUUUUUUAUUCUUUCCAAGCUUGAUUCUAGUCAACACUUUUUUAAUUCAUUCCCAACACAAUGAAGCUCUCAGCUUUUGUCUCCAUAUUAGCAGCAACGGAAUUAUUGACGACAUUCGUCUUAUCGCAACAGACAACGGAAUCACCCUUUCACUGGCUGGAAGACGAUCAGACGAUCGUGUCUCCAUUCGCUGCAUCAGGAAAAAUGGAACAAAUAGGGAGGACAGGUGUAGCAGCUAUGCAUGCAGUUCUACUGAAUGAGAAAACUAUAUUAAUUAUUGACAAAGCCGAAUGGAACGAGGCACAAUUCGAUUCAGGCCAGAGUGCCUUUUCGGUUCAGUACGAUUUAGAGACCAAUCAAUAUAGACCUUUACCACUCGAAACAAAUACAUUCUGUUCUGCAGGCGGCUUCCUAGCUAACGGCAGCUUCAUCAGUACCGGUGGUGGCGAAAAGCGUGGCCGGACGUGGAAAGCUGAACCUGGAUGGCAAUCGAUACGUCAUUUCACACCCUGUACAGAUAACAGUUGUUAUUGGGAAGAGUACAAAACCGGCAAGAUGACCGUCAAUCGUUGGUACCCUACCGUUGAGCAACUUCCCGAAGGCGAUAUUCUGAUCAUGGGUGGGUCCACAAAAGGCACAGCUGUCAACCGGAAAGAAAUCAAUGUACCGUCGUACGAGUUCUGGCCGCCGAGACCGGAAGGCGAAGUCCCUUUUAAAUUUCUAAACGAAACGAUGCCCUACAAUCUCUAUCCAUUCGUGUUUACCUUACCGGAUGGUAACUUGUUUGUUUUUGCCAAUAAAAAAUCCAUCAUCUAUGACUACAAGCAUCAGAAGGUGGUCAAGGAACUACCACCGAUUCCUGGCCAUCCUCGUUCGUAUCCUUUGACGGGCGGAGCGGUGAUGCUCCCUCUCGAUCCCAAGAACAACUAUAAUGUAGAGAUUCUGAUUUGUGGCGGUAGCAAACGCAUGAAAAAUAAUGCGACAGCCGAUGAUACCUGUGGUCGUAUCAAUUUAGGCGAUAAAGAUCCUCAUUGGGAGAUGGAUACGUUUGUACAUAAGCGUUUGAUGCCGGACGGUCUCAUCAUGGCGGAUGGCAACGUGCUAUGGGUGAAUGGCUGCCAGCGUGGUUGGGCUGGCUAUAAUGGGCGCAACCACGAUCCUACCUUUGAUCCACUCAUCUAUACCCCUACGGCUGCCCAUGGUCAACGCUGGACUCAAAACCUGGCCAAUACAGAUAUUGCCCGUAUGUACCAUUCGGUUGCGCUUACAUUGCCUGACGGUCGUAUAUGGAUCGCGGGCUCGAACAAUGUCGACCCACCUGAUGUCAAUGCUGUCUACCCCACCGAAUUCCGCGUAGAAUACUUUUCGCCUCCCUAUCUUUUCAAAACAGCUACUCGUCCCAGAAUAUCACACGUUCCUCGCGUCGUGACUUAUCAUCAGACGUUUGACAUCCUUGUCCACCUUGAAGGCUUAGUCCGCAAUAAGCAAGAUGCUCAAAAGGUGCGCGUAGGGCUUUUGCGACCUGGGUUCAGCACACAUUCCAUGCAUAUGUCUCAACGGUAUGUCUUUUUGGAGCAUACUUUAUCGGAAGAUCUACAGACGCUGACAAUUACCGCUCCUCCUCAUGCUGCUAUUUUCCCUCCUGGAUCAGGUAUACUUUACGUCUUGUAUGAUGGUGUGCCUUCCUUAGGCACUGAAAUAUAUGUUGAACAUGACAUGAACGACUUACGCAUUUAGUUGCUCCGUGGGUGCGGGUUCAACGAGAGAGCUAGUUUUAUCAUUUUAUUUUUUUGUCAUUUCCUUCAGCUGUACAUUUUCAUCCAUUUUUUAUUUUUAUUUUUUUCCAUGUAUUUUUUGACAUCAAAGUCCUAAUGGACUGUAUUUACAGUAGUAUUUAUUUUAUUUUAUUUUUUUUCCAGUAUUU